AUGAGAAACAAUAAUAAACACUGGCAAUCAUUUUUUGCGAAAAUAGAUGGAAAAUACAAUUUUCCGUUACCAAUUUUUUUCAGUAUACUUGAAAUUAUAGAACAAGGAAACAAAAAAAUCAAUGAAAUAAAUAACAAACAAGAGAGCGAAUCGUUUUGUAUUUGUUUUCAAUUUUUGAAUAAUCAGAUUUUACGUUUAAUUUUUGUGCGUCUUACAGUUUCAUUUUUUUUUCUUUUUGUAAUAAGUAUUUAUCAUUUUAUUGAAACUGAAAGACGGGUGGAAGGAGGGUGGGACUCGACUUGCAGCUACCUCCGCGCGAUCACUGUUUUAAUUAUUUCUGUUUAAUGAUGAUAAAUGUUGAAAAAUGUUGAUGUGAAUUCUACUUUGCAACCUGUUCAGAAGUAGAAAUUGUCACGCCACUAUGGACGAUCUCUCUACAAAGAAAUCAACAAUAUUCCUCGCAGUCCCUGUCCGCUGUAUUGAUAAUAAACUAUAGAUAAAGGAUAACUUUAAAAGCAAACUUUAAUGAAAACUAAAGGCAGUCAGAUUCUUUCUACAGUAUAUUUAAAAUUGUAGAACACAUAACUAUAUAAAGCAAAAACAGAGUCCACCUAAAUAAUAUGUACCCAUUAUUAUACUAUUACUAUGUACAACUACAAUACUACAAAAUUAUCACAUCAACAUAGUAAAAUCUGAUAAUCAAAAAUUUUUAUGUAAGUUAUUUUAAUACACAUAUACUCCUAGAUAUAAUUUUAUAUUUAAUAAAUUUUUUUAGGCAUUUAAUAUCUUCACGCUGAUGUUAGAUCCUAAGCGAAUUAUACUUCGACGAUGAUAGAAAAUGCCAUUCAAAAAUAUCAAUUGUUAUAAAACCUAAUAGACUUUACAAUGAAUACAUAUAUCAUUCUUUAUUAUCACUUUUCCAAUUUUCUUAUAUUAAUUGUUAGCUG